UUUGAAUUUGUGAGUUUUCACAAAAAAUUUUGCAAUAUUUUCUCUACAUAUUUCUAACUUAUUUUUUUACUUCAUAUGCAUCAUAUCGCCAAAUAAAAAUUGAGAAACAGUGAGAAACUAUCCAACAUAAGACAAAGACAUAGAAAAUUGGUGCAGAAAGAUGAUAAAAAAAGAAAAAAAUGGUGAAACACAUGAAAAACAUUGAAGAAAGAGAUAAAAAGAAUAACAAGACCAAGUACUAUAAAAAAAAAUGGGUGUAAGGAAAAUGAUACAAAAAAUUAAAAAAGAAAGAGUAAAAAGCGUUGAUUUGCUAUACCAAAAAAAAGGAAAGGAAAGUGUUGGUCAUCAUCUUCCAUAGACGGGCAGUCUCUUUUUCUUUUCUUCAAAACCAUAUCUAGAUUCAGCAAAAAUAUUUUUAAAUAACUUUCCCAACAUAGGAGCUCAUGUAUUUAUCAAUCCAAUUACAUUUAUCUAGAUAAUUUUGUUAUGGAAUUUUGAGCUUGACGGAUCUUUUUUAGUUUGCCCAAACUUGAGGGCCUGAUUCGUUAUUUGGUCAAAUCUCGGGGAGGAUAAAUGUAAUUAACCCUAUUUUAAGCGAACUGAACAAAGUCACCCACUCCAACCCCAUCGCCCCUGCUUGCUGACCAACUCGGCCAACCACUUCCCUCCUUGGCUCCACCCAUUUUCAGUCUCCUCCGCCGCCAAGCUGCCGAGCCCCUCUCCUUCUCCGUUUGACUGGAAUACAAGGCCGAUAGAACGAGCGAACUCGCCAAUCUACAGGUUUUGUGUUAAGGUACCCACUCUAUUGUGAAGUCCAAACAAAUUUGAUAUAUUUUUGCAGAAUUGAUGAAUGAUGUCCUAUAGAAUUGCUCAAAUACGUCUUGUAAAUUCACAUCCUGAAGUCUAUGAUCCCUGUGAUGACUCAUUUGCACUAGUUGAUGCACUUCUAGCUGAUCGAACAAACUUGCUUGAGCAUCGUCCAAUUUUUUGCUUGGAAAUCGGUUGUGGUAGUGGAUAUGUGAUUACUUCCCUUGCUCUUUUGCUUGGGGGUGAUGUCUGUGGAUCCUACUUUAUUGCAACAGACAUUAACCCUCAUGCUUUGGAUGUGACAAGUGAUACAUUGAAAGCACAUGGAGUACAUGCUGAGUUGGUAAAUACCGAUGUUGCAGCGGGUCUUGAGGGGCGAUUGAUGGGAUUGGUAGAUGUUAUGGUUGUUAACCCACCUUAUGUGCCAACACCUGAAGAAGAAGUGGGUUGUGAUGGGAUUGCUUCUGCAUGGGCUGGAGGAGAAAAUGGACGGAGUGUUAUUGAUAAGAUAUUGCCCAUUGCAGACAGGCUUUUGUCUGAUAAGGGUUGGUUAUAUAUGGUUACCCUCACUGCGAAUGACCCUUCUGAUAUAUGCCUUCAGAUGAAAAAGAAAGGUUAUGCUGCUUGUAUUGUGUUGCAGAGAUCAACAGAAGAAGAGAGUCUCCAUGUUAUUAAGUUUUGGCAAGAUCCAAAUAGCAAAUUGGAGGCAAACAAAGCGAAGGUGUUGAAUCAUGGUGGGCUGAUAUGGGUGACAGAAUGGAACGCUUUACAAUACUCUGUUGCCUCGGCAUUUAUGGCGGUUCUUUAUAGCGAUUACAUGUUCUGGUCCGGUACACCAACCCUGUAUUGCAAUGGAGACCAAUACGAGCCAAUGGACCUGCGAAAUUUUGCAAUUUCACAGGCAAAUUAUGUUCUGGGAAGUAAUCCAAUGUAAAUGAGCUACCUCGUUGGAUAUAGCAGUGACUACCCCAAAUAUGUACAUCAUUGGGGAGCUUCAAUUCUAGCAGAUGCUAAUACAGGUUGCAAGGAUGGGUUCAAGUGGCUUCAUUCACCAUCUCCAAAUCCAAACAUAGCAACUGGAGCUCUUGUUGGUGGACCAUUUCUCAAUGACACCUACAUUGAUUCCCGAAACAAUUCUAUCCAAGCAGAACCAACCACUUAUAACAGUGCCUUCAUUGUUGGUCUUCUAUCUGGCCUUCUCACCGCCUCUCCAAAACUUCCGUCUUUCACAUGGGAGAAUACCAGUCUUGUAUAUAAACUGUGCAGUAACAUGUAAUUGUGAAAGACGAGAUUGAAGAGUAUAUAAACUGUACAGAAAGACGAGAUUGAAGAGU